GGCGGCAGCGGGGAGUCGCGGGUUCGAGUCCCGGCGCGGGCGGAGCGGAGCGAUACCGGGAGCGACACCGGGGUGAGUAGCGGGGGCCGGGGGGGGGAUCGCGGCGGAGCCCCCCACAUGGCUCGGGACAAGGAAAAGCGAAGCUGCGGGCAGAGGUUGGCCGAGUGGCGGGCCUUCGUGUGGGACCCACGGAGCCGCCAGUUCCUGGGCAGAACAGGCACCAGUUGGGGCCUGAUCCUGCUCUUCUACCUGGUCUUCUAUGGGUUCCUGGCCGGGCUCUUUGCUCUCACCAUGUGGGUGAUGCUGCAGAGCGUCGACCCCCACGUCCCCAAGUACCAGGACCGGCUCGCCACCCCCGGGAUGAUGAUCCGCCCGCGCACGGAGGGGCUGGACGUCACCUUCAACGUCACCCAGAGCCAGACCUGGCGUCACUACGUCCGCGCCCUGCACCAGUUCCUCGAGCCGUACAACGACAGCGUGCAGGCCGCCCGCAACGCCGCCUGCGUCCCCGGCCGCUACAACGAGCAGACGGACGACAGCGUCCCCAACUACCCCAAACGCGCCUGUCGCUUCAACCGCUCCCUGCUGGGACCCUGCGCCGGGCUGGCGCCCGCUGACGACUACGGCUACGGCGUCGGCCAGCCCUGCGUCCUCCUCAAGGUCAACCGGGUCAUCAACUUCUUCCCGGGGAGGAACAAGAGCAUCAACGUGAUCUGUGCCGCAAAGCGGCCCCGAGUGAAGGGCGACCUGGUAAGGGGGGGUGUCCCCCUGUAGCAUCCCCCAAACCUGCUAGUUUUACCCCAAAAUCUUGCUGGGUGCCCCAAAAUAGGCUAGAUUCACUCCAAAAUGCUGCUGGGUGCCCCAAAAUAGGCUAGUUUCACCCAAAAUCCUGCUGGGUGGCCCAAGUAUGUGCUAAUUUCACCCCAAAUUUUGCUUGCUUUAUGCCAAAAUAGGCUAGAUUCACCCCCAAAUGCUGCUGGGUGUCCCAAAAUCUGCGAGUUUCACCCCCAAAUCCUGCUGGAUGUCCCAAAAUAGAUUCACCCCCAAAAUCCUGCUAGAUGCCCCAAAAUCUGCUGGAUUCACCCCAAAAUCCCACUGGGUGCCAGAAAACACCCCAAAUCCUGCUGGAUACCCAAAAAUGUGCUGGUUUCACCCCAAAAUCUUGCUGCAUGUCCCAGAUUAGGUUAAAAUCACCCCCAAAUGCUGCUGGGUGCCCCAAAAUCUGCUAGUUUCACCCCAAAUCCUGCUGGGUGCUCCAAAAAAGGCUAGUUUCACCCCCAAAACCUGCUGGGUUUAUCCCCAAAUGUGCUAGAU